CUAUCUCUGAAUAGGAGAUGGGGGGAUAGGUCGGAAAGAACAUCCUGAGGAGAGUCAGUGGGUUCUGGUAAAAUUCCACUUCACAAAUUAAGUUGUGUGUUCUUCACGUUUCGUAAAUUACAUAUUCUUUGCCAUUUCAUUAUUAAAAUACUAUGAAAAACUUAAACUUCCGUUACAAAAAUAAACUGGAAGGUGCCUGGCCUCUCAAGUACCAGCCACAAAUGGCGCCCCGCAAGGCGCUCUGGGUAGUGGUCUCUUGUGGUCUGUCGCCCACGGGGGCGGAGCCGCAGGGACGCUGCACGCAUGCACCCUCCAACCAGCCAAUCAGAGACGCCCCUGGGCGAGACGUGGCCGGCUUUUCUCAGGCACGAAUUCUGAGUUGCCUCAGAGGAGCGUCGCAGCAUCGAAGCGAACACCUCAGAAAAAUGGUGCCUUCUGGAAGAAAACAUACCGGGAAAUCUGGAAAGCCAUCCAUGGAGGAUCAGGUGAUAAGACCCUAUGACUUUGAGAAAGAAGAAAAAAAAGAUCUGAGUGGUUCAGAGGAGGAUGUCAUUGAAGGGAAGACUCCAAUACUUGAUAAGCAUGGGAAAAAAAGGACUUCUACAGGAAUAGUUGAAGAUUUGGGGGGUGAAGUACAGAAUAUGCUGGAAAGAUUUGGAGCUGAUAUUAACAAGGCUCUUCUUGCCAAGAGAAAAAAACUAGAAAUGUACACCAAGGCUUCUCUCAAAACCAGUAACCAGAAAAUUGAAAAUGUUUGGAAAACCCAGCAAGAGCAAAGGCAGAAGCUUAACCAGGAGUAUUCUCAGCAGUUUCUGACUUUGUUUCAGCAGUGGGAUAUAGAUGUGCAGAAAGCUGAAGAACAAGAAGAAAAACUAGCUAAUAUGUUUCGCCAGCAACAAAAAGUUUUUCAACAGUCUAGAAUUGUUCAGAGCCAGAGACUGAAAACAAUCCGACAGUUAUAUGAGCAGUUCAUAAAGAGUAUGGAGGACUUAGAGAAGAAUCAUGAUAAUCUACUUACUGGUGCACAGAAUGAACUUAGAAAAGAAAUGGCUAUGUUGCAAAAAAAAAUUAUGAUGGAAACUCAGCAGCAAGAGAUGGCAAGUGUUCGAAAGUCUCUUCAAUCCAUGUUAUUCUGA